CACUGUGCUGAAUCACUGAGUGUCUCUCCACCUCAGUAGCUCUUGCUUCUUACUGUGGCUGUGUGCUCAGCUGACCUCACUGUGUGGUAAUGAAUUGCUGGAAUCUCAGAGCACCCUAGAGCCAGACUCAAGUCUUGGCUUACAGCGGGAACUCAGGACAUGGCCCUGGACCAAUGGCUUGAGCUGCAGUUGCUUCCAUUCUGGGGCAAACAGAAAUGUCAUGUGUCGCGUUGAGGUCUCUGAGCCAUUCUGGGUUGAUUUUGUACAUGAGCCACGUAGAGCUGACUUUGUGCACAAGAGAUUCCAUGUGGGAGAAUAAGUUAUUUUCUUGGUUAGGCUCUGCUAGCCAAGAACAAACCACAGACCUAAAACCAUCAUAAAAAGCCCCGGAUCUGCCAUACUCCAAGACCUCAGACUUGAGCAGGUCUCUGCAUCUUCACAUCGCGGACCCUUCAGCCAUGAGAUUCCAUCUGAUCCUCCAUACUCUCCUCUUCCUUUUAACUCUCUUACCCCCAGUUAGAAGUGGUUUGGGUGCUGCAGAGACCCACUGUUUCAACCUGGAAGGCAUCUGCAGACGAGACAUCUGCAAAGUUAUAGAAGAUGAAAUCGGCGGCUGCCGAAGAAGAUGGAAAUGCUGCCGGAUGUGGUGGGUUCUUGUGCCCAUCCCAACCCCAGUUAUCUUUUCGGACUAUCAAGAACCCCUCAAGAACAAGAUAAAAUAGACCACGGUAAACAGCCCAAGGAGAGCUCUGUGCCUCUAAAGCAACGUAAUCUCCACACUGAACGCUUCCA